CAGGUCACCAUGGACAUAUUUGGAUUUGCCAAAUUUUGCAGGAUACUUGUUAUACAGGCUAAUUGCAAAUAUGACAGUGCAUAAUACAAAAUCUAGAAAAAUAUAAUGAACUGAAAAUAGCCGCUGAUAUUCUUUAAUAUCUUGUUUGCUGUAAAUGUCAAUCAUUCUUAAUCUUUGAAACUGGUGCAUUGGCAUGUUUAACUGUUGGCCUGAGAUUUGUGUUGUAUUUCAUUUAUUUUUUAACAAAGAAAUGCUGGUUCAAGUGGAGUGCAAGGGUGUCCUGAAAUGGGUUCGAAUACCAGUUAAGGAUGACAGCUACGAUUACUUUCAGUUCAUUCAAGAAGUUUCAGCUAAAUUCAACCUGCCAAAUGAACCUGAUGUGAACCUGCAGGACUCCUCAGGAGUUGAUGUAGAUGCUGACAUUUUUGAUGAGUUAGUGAGAUCUGCUGCAGUAUCUUUCAAGGUGUCUAAUGAGGACUCUGCUGAGAAAGAGGUCUCUGAGGCCUCCUUCUGCUCAGAUGAGGGGUCAUUCUCACCCAUUGAGUCUGUGAGGUCAUUCUCAUCAGUUGAGUCUGUGAGUUCAGGCUCCACUGUAAUUACAGAAUGCACCAAAGCACGGAAAAGGCAACUGGUAGAAGGACCACCUGACAGCAGGGCAGCAAAAGAUAUGGUCUAUGUAGCUCUACAUCAAAAAACCGGGGGUGAAGACAUAUUCAAAGAGUACAAUGUGACCAAAGGCCUUUCUGAUCAAACAAGAAGGAAACUCGUCAACAUCCUGGUGGCAGAUAUGAUCGAGAGUCAUGGGCGGGUCCCACCAAUCAAUGUCCGCGUGACCUAUGCCCUUGGAAUAGUCACCCUUUUCCCCAAUUUGAAGGACACAGCUUCACCAACUGGUUAUGAACAUUACUACGAUCCUCACAGUGGCCAAGGUUACCUGGCUUACAGAUUGAAAACGGUUCAGCGCAAUACCACAAGUGACUUCAAGAGGACCUCCAAGUCUGCUAAACAACAUGGCCCUAAGACCCUGCGUGAGACAUCAACAUCUGAGCAGCUGUCAGGUGAUGAAUGCAGAGAAGCGAUGUCAGUGAUGAAGCAUUCAGCGGACCAACCAGUCAUUAAGGAGAAAAUGAAGGCAACGUUCAAGCACCGUCAGAGUAUGCUACACGAUCCAGACCAGUCUUCAGGCAUCCUAGAUGACUUCCCCCGAUUCUUGGAUACACCAGGCUUGAUUAACCAAGACUUCACAAUGCUAUUUGGAGAAGAUGUCUCGGGCAAGUUUAUUGCAAAAUGGCCAACGUUCUACAAACCUAGGAUUAUCACUGUCUGCAAAGGCCUUCGCCCUGGUACACAUGUGGAUGACCUUCUGUCUGCUCAAGAAGAAUCAAAUGAUUAUGGUUGGGACAGUGACUUGGCAGCUAUCCUCCUACAUGGGAAAAUCAGUGCCACUGAAGCUACUGACCAUGUGGUCAAGUUCAUGAAGGUGGGGACAAGCAUGGUGACAUUCCUUGAAAGAGUUGGAUCAGCACAGCCCUUCCUCCUCUGUGUUGGACAAAAGAAGAGUAGUAUCCAGAAGUUUUACAUCAUCCUCGAUCAGAAGGCCAUUCCCUGCGUGGCGCAGACAGCUGUGGCUGCCUUCGACGAACUGUUUAAGGCCCACUUCGUCUUUGCUGUAUCCUACGAUGAGGCCUUGUGCAACUUCUACACCUUCAUUCAGACUACAGUGUAUGGGAUUGACGUCGGCACUACAAAAGAGAGUCCACGGGUCAAGGAAAUCCGGGCAAAAGUAGAUCAUAUUGAGGUUUGAAGAUGUUCACCUGUUACAUUUGCAAGGUACAGCACAAAAGUUGUUCUGCUUUUUUUCAACAUUUGAAGUUCAGUCAU